AUGUCAGGCUUCCAAGAAAAAUGCCGGAAACUUUAUAUCGGUGGUUUAGUAGAAAAUGUGCUCAAAGAUGAUUUAGUUCGCGAAUUGUCUAAAUGCGGUGAACUAGUCGAUGUGUGGGUCGCCAGAAACCCACCGGGAUUCGCAUUCGCCGAAUAUGUCAAAUCAUCGGAUGCCGAAAAAGCAGUGAGAUCUCUUGAUGGUGUCAACGUUUGUGGCUCACGAAUCAGAGUCGAGUUUGCUCACGGUGGUCGUACUAAAAGCGCUAUGGGGUCAGCGUUUCGUGGGGCUCGAUCAGGUGGCAGGGGUUCAUUACGACGUCGAAAUUCUCCUCGUCGCAGUAACAGAAAUUCGUCAUACGACGGUCACCGUUAUCCUGAUUACGACCAGUUUUCUUCCCUUCACUCUUCAGAACUGGCCAGCGCUGCUGCUGGCUCAGGUUUCCCCUACGGGAUAUCAGGUUAUCAGUCCAUGCUACCAUUUCUCCCAUCUGAGGAAUUCAUACGGUCCCUACAAAGUCAGUCACGUCGUCGUUCAUCUCCGGGGAGAAUUCCGUUUCCAGUGAAUCAAAGAGGACACUCUCCGAUUUCACGACGAAGGAGUCGAAGUCCACUAGGUAUUCCAGUGGGAAGACCUCGAGGCCGGAGCCCUCCAGAAUCAUAUGACGGUAGGAGUAUGAGCCGCCACCUCGAUACCCGCGGUCGUGGAGGGUACAGCGACUAUUCACGCCCUCGAAUUCCGCGGGAGCCUCGUGGAAACUAUUCACCACCUUUUGUGAGAGAGAUGAAUGGGAGACGUGAUGAAUCACGUGGACGAAGAGGCCGAGAUGAUCGUCGCCGACGUUGA